UUAAAAUCCAAACGGUUUUCGCCCAGGGAAGGAGAGGGGUUUUCAAAAACGACCCAGUUGAUCUCGAAUGUGUUGAAGAAAGACGUUUGUGAUUUCGGCCAAGUGCUACUGUUUUUAAGGAUGAGUUCUGUUGACGUGAAUGAUGAGAAUCGCGGGGUCUGCCCUGGAGGAAAGAACAACACCUCUAUUAACGACAUAUUUGCUCUGGAUCAGCCAACUGGGAGGCCCUCUAUCCUGCGACAGACAGAGAACCUGCCCAGCAAGACUGUGCCAAAGGCGGCUAAGGUUUGUUUUCAGACUCCAAGAAGAGACCCUCUGACUAAAAGACUUGUAUCUCCAUCCAAAUCUCUUAAGAUGACAAGUUUAGAUGAGUGUACCAAAGCAAUCGAGUCCUUACAUUUGGGUCCAAUAAAUUCUUUACAUGAUGAACCCAAACAAGAAGUAUCAUCCUUUCCUGAUGAUGACAUCCCCAUACAAAGCAAAGGAGGCUAUCAACUGGAUUUUGAAAACCUUGAUGCUAUCGAUCCAUUUCUGGGUUCUAUUAAGAUGGUCCUCUCUCCCGUGAUGCCUGCUUUUAAUAACCCUUCCACAGAGUCUCCAAAUACAAAAACGGAGAAUAUCGCAGAGCAACCCACCCGAAUGAAAUCUGCUCUAGAUGAGACGCUUCCCUUAACCCAAUCUGUGGAAAACUCACUGGUUGACACCUCCUACAACAUCAGCUCCACAGACAGUAGUGUGGUCACAGUGUUGAAGGUCCUUACAAUGGAAGAACAAGAUUCAUGCACUGCCACACCUGAUGAAAAACAGCCGUCUCUAAAUGUCACUCAAGACUGUUUUUCAGGCAGUUUUGUGGAAGAUGCUCCACUGCCGACGAAAGGUUCUUAUUCUUUUGAUUUUGACAACCUUGAUGAGGUCAAUCCUUUCGAAACGGGGGGCUCUAAAAUUCCGAAUUCCCCUUUCCUUGGGAUAGAGGUGGCCGACACAAACCCAUCAGUUGCAGAGAUGAUGGAAAAUGAAUCCACAAAAGCUCAAGAUGUUCAGCCUGAGAUGAAACCAAUAGCUGCAGUGGACCCAAUCACAACUAAUGCUGUCGAGCCUACAGCUGCUGACUCCAUGUCCCAGCCAGCAGCCAACUCACUGGUUGACACCUCCUCCAACAUCAGCUCCACUGAGAGCAGCGUGGUGACAGUGUUGAAGCUCCCUGCAAUGGAAGAACAAGAUUCAUGCACUGCUGCACCUGAUGAAAAACAACCAUCUUUAAAUGUCACUCAAGACUAUUCUUCAGGCAGUUUUGUGGAAGAUGCUCCACUGCCAACGAAGGGUGCUUAUUCUUUUGACUUUGACAACCUUGAUGAGGUCAAUCCUUUCCAAACAGGUGGCUCCAAAAUUCCAAAUUCCCCUGCCCUUGGGAGAGAGGUGGCAGACACAAACCCACAUGAAUCCACAAAAGCUCAAGAUGUUCAGCCUGAGAUGAAACCAAUAGCUGCAGUGGACCCAAUCACAACUAAUGCUCCUAAAACGCCAGCUGCUGAAUCCACAUCCCAGCCAGCUGAUGCCCAUACCCAGGAAGGAGCAGUCAAACUUGAGUUCAAUUUUGACGAUGGCAGAGAGGUCAAACGGAAACCACCACCCAAGAAAUUUGGCAAAAGGCCUGGUCUCAAACCUAAAGAGGGAAAGCCAGAAUGUGCCGUGAAACCACCAAAAGAAACUCCAGUGACGCCUGGUGCCAGUGAUGCUGAUGUUCCACUCUCCAAAGGCUCUUACUCAGUUGACUUGGCCAAGUUUGAUGACCCAAACUUCAAUCCCUUUGGCACAAAAGCAAGCAUGGCCAACUCGCCAAAGUGUAGCAAGAAGUCUGACCCUGUGCUCACAGAAAAUCUGAUUCCAGAGACAGCGGAGAAGGAAGCAGUGUCAUUAGAAUGUGCUGGAGAGAGUGUCCCAGCUGCAGAAAACUUCCCUGGAGCACAUGCUAAAGACAAGGCGGCUCCUGAUCAUGACUUGGGAUCUCAACUCGAAGUUCAACGUCCCACUGAGAGUCUUCCUGAACUUUUUGAAAUGUUUCCACCUGAGCAGAAGACACAGACUGCCGAGUCAGAAUUCAAUGAGGAGUUUGUUCCAGGAACUACGUUCAUGGCCAAUGACUUUGAUGGACAAAUGGAUUACCUUGAACAGUUUGGGUCCAGCAGUUUCAAGGAAUCUGCAUUGAGGAAACAAUCCUUGUACCUUAAAUUCGACCCCCUCCUGAGAGAGAGCCCCAAGAAGUGCGCAGGCCCGGUCGCUCAGGCCCCCGUGCCUCUCCCUGCUGCCUUUGUUUCACGGCUUGAAAAUUCACAGAUGGUAGAAAAGUAUGCAAGCGGAACACAAAGGGAUGAUUUCAAACUGUUUGAUGCUUCAACUUCCCCAAUCCUCGCGGACCUCGUCCCUCCUUUCUUCCAGCCAGAAAACACAGAGGAGGCCAUUAUUGAAGUGCUGAGGUACAGUCAGCAGGACAUGGACGCAGCCAUCGCCAGAGUCCAGGCACAAGCAAAGGAAACGGAGGAUCAAUGGAGUGCAAAAUAUAAAAGGAUACUUGACGAUGGGCAAGAAAUGAGGAAAAUAAUGGCAGAGUAUGAGCUCAUGAUUGCUAAAAUGAUGGCUGAUCAAGAGAAAGAGAGGGAGGUGGCCCAGGCGAAGCUCACUGGGGCUCUGCUGGAAAAGGAGCAGAUCUCCAGUGACCUGAACACUAUGGAGAGAUCGUGCUCGGACCUUUUCAAGAGACUGGACAAGUACAAGGAUGUUAUUGAAGGCUACAAAAAGAAUGAAGAGACUCUGAAAGCCUGUGCUCAGGACUAUCUGACCCGGAUCAAAAAGGAGGAGCAGCGCUACCAGACCCUUAAAGCCCAUGCUGAGGAGAAGAUUGGCCAAGCAAACGGGGAGAUUGCCGAGGUUCGGUCUAAGAACAAGUCUGAGAUAUCUGCACUCCAAGCCCAGCUGCGACGGGAGCAGCUGAAGGUGCAGUCCCUGGAGAAGAGCCUGGACCAGAAGGAAAAGGAGGCAGAAGAGCUCACCAAACUUUGUGAUGAGCUUAUCAGCAAAGUCCAGAAGGGUUGAGCUAAUUUGUAAAUUGUGUAUAUUUUAACGCUUUCCUGUUUCUGUUCUUCAUUUGUUGCUGUUUUAUGUUUGUCUUUUUCAAUGUUAGUAAAGUACUGUAAAAGUUAAUAAAGAUGAUUACAGUAAA